GCUUUUAGCUUUUGGGCAAAGUAAUAGAAUCUUGGGAGAAGUGUCUGAAAAGCCCUGCGAACUCACGGAGCUCCAUCCUCUUCAUCGUCAUCAUCUUCAUCUCCCUACACGGCAUCGUUUUAGAAAUGUCUUACGACUAUCUCUUCAAGUACAUCAUCAUCGGCGACACAGGUGUUGGGAAAUCUUGUCUGCUGCUGCAAUUCACAGACAAGAGGUUUCAACCGGUGCAUGAUCUCACAAUUGGAGUCGAAUUUGGGGCCCGCAUGGUCACCAUCGACGGAAGACCCAUCAAACUCCAGAUUUGGGACACCGCUGGGCAAGAAUCAUUCAGGUCCAUCACUAGAUCUUACUACAGAGGAGCAGCAGGUGCUCUUCUGGUUUAUGACAUAACCAGGAGAGAGACCUUUAAUCAUCUAGCUAGCUGGCUUGAGGAUGCACGACAGCAUGCAAACCCCAACAUGACAAUCAUGCUCAUAGGGAACAAGUGUGAUCUUGCCCAUAGGAGGGCCGUCAGCAAAGAGGAAGGGGAGCAAUUUGCAAAGGAAAAUGGACUUCUAUUUUUAGAGGCAUCUGCAAGAACAGCACAAAAUGUUGAGGAGGCCUUCAUAAAGACUGCUGCAAGGAUCCUUCAGAAUAUUCAGGAAGGCGUGUUUGAUCUAUCCAAUGAGUCAUCUGGCAUCAAGGUUGGGUAUGGGCGGCCACAGGGUCCAUCAGGAGAUGGAACGGUUAGUCAGAGAGGCGGAUGUUGCAACUAAUUGAAAAAUAGAAGCUGCUGUAUUCCCAUAGCUCAUUCUUCUGUACACUGCCCUGGGCCUUCAUUACAACUAUAAUCUUUUCCACUGUAAUGUUUUUUCUGGAGAAUCUGAAAUGUACAGUUCUGAUUCAGCUGUUGUUGUGGCAUUCCCUUCUGUAUCCUUUGUGCACUUUCUCAAUCCUUGGCCCAUACCUAUUGACCAUAGCAUUAUAUCUUUUAAACUGUAAUGUGUUUUCUGGAGAACUUUCAUGUAUAGUUCCAAUUCAGCUGUUAUUUCAGAGGGACGGUUUUAGUCAA